GGCGCUGGGGGCGGGCGAGGGGAGGCGGGGGUGGGGGUGGGGGUCCUGCCUGCGGGGGGAGCCGGGGCGGCCCCUUGUCCGGCCACCCCCACUGCCCAGUCCCGCUCCCGGCCGCGGCGGCCGCAGCAGUAGCGGCUCCAGGAUGGUGAGCGCCGCUGCCCUCCAGCCCCGGCCUGUCGCCCCCGGCCCGCGCCCCGGCCCCGGGGCCGGACGCCCCCCGCGGCCGCGCACACUCACCUAGGACCGGCCGGGAUGCCGAGCUCUGUCGAAGAUGCACUGGACACCGGAACACGCCCAGCCUCUCAACCAGUGGCCAGAGCAGCACCUGGACGUCUCCUCCACCACCCCGUCGCCAGCCCACAAGUUGGAGCUGCCCCCCGGGGGUCGCCAGCGCUGCCACUACGCUUGGGCGCACGACGACAUCUCCGCCCUCACGGCCUCCAACCUCCUCAAGCGCUACGCCGAGAAGUACUCGGGGGUCCUGGACUCGCCCUACGAGCGCCCCACCCUGGGCGGCUACGGCGAUGCCUUUCUCAACGGCGCCAAGGGGGACCCCGAGCCCUGGCCAGCGCCAGAGACACACUACCCCUUGGCCUCGCUCCACGAAGGCCUCCCGGGAACCAAGUCGGGCAGUGGGGGCGGCUCCGGGGGCCUCGGGGGCUCCCCGGUUUUAGCCGGGAACCUGCCUGAGCCCCUCUACGCCGGCAAUGCGUGCGGGGGCCCGCCCGCGGCGCAAGAGUACGCGGCCGGCUACGGCGGGGGGUACCUGGCCCCGGGCUACUGCGCGCAGACGGGGACCGCGCUGCCCCCGCCGCCCCCGGCCGCGCUGCUGCAGCCCCCGCCCCCGCCCGGCUACGGCCCCUCGGCGCCUCUGUACAACUACCCCGCGGGGGGCUACGCCGCGCAGCCGGGCUACGGGGCUCUGCCGCCGCCCCCCGCCCCGCCGCCCACCCCCUACCUGCCCUCGGGCCUGGCGGCGCCCACGCCCCUGCCCGCGCCCGCCCCGGCCCGGCCCGCGCCCGCCUCCUACGGCUUCCAGGCCGCCGCUCCGGGGGCGGAGGCCGGGGUGUCGCUGAAGCGCAAGGCCGCGGACGAGGGCGCGGAGGGCCGCUACCGCAAGUACGUCUACGAGCCCACCAAGGCCCCGGCGGCCGACGGCGCCGCCUACCCCGCCGCGGACCACGGCGACGGUCGAGGCCACGGGUUCCGGGCGAAGCCGCCCGGGGCGGCGGAGGAGGCGUCGGGCAAGUACGCCGGCGGCGUCCCCCUCAAGGUCCUGGGCUCCCCGGGCUACGGCCCGCCACUCGAGUCCUUCGACAAGUUCCCGGAGCGCGCGCCGGCCCCGGCUCCCCGGGGGGCCUUUGCCUUGCCGUCGGAGGAGCCCCCCAAAGCGGUGGACCCGGGGGCCCUGGAGCUGGUGACGAGCAAGAUGCUGGACUGCGGGCCCCCGGUGCAGUGGGCGGACGUGGCGGGCCAGGGCCCGCUCAAGGCGGCGCUGGAGGAGGAGCUGGUGUGGCCCCUGCUGCGGCCGCCCGCCUACCCCGGCAGCCCGCGCCCGCCACGGACCGUGCUGCUCUUCGGGCCGCGGGGCGCGGGCAAGGCGCUGCUGGGGCGCUGUCUGGCCACGCAGCUCGGCGCCUCGCUGCUGCGCCUGCGCGCAGCCUCGCUGGCCGCGCCCGGGGCCGCCGAGGGCGCGCGCCUCCUCCAGGCGGCCUUCGCGGCUGCGCGCUGCCGCCCGCCCGCGGUGCUGCUCAUCAGCGAGCUGGACGCGCUGCUGCCGACCCGGGAGGACGGCGCGGCCGCCGCGGGCUCGCUGCUCGCGCCGCUCCUGGCUUGCCUGGACGGCGGCUGCGGCGCGGGGGCCGACGGCGUGCUGGUCGUGGGCACCACCUCGCGGCCCGCAGCUCUGGACGAGGCCACCCGCCGGCGUUUUGUCCUCCGCUUUUACGUGGCGCUGCCGGACGGUACGGCCCGCGGACAGAUCCUGCAGCGGGCGCUGGCCCAGCAGGGCUGCGUGCUGAGCGAUCGGGAGCUGGCGGCCCUGGUGCAGGGCACGCAGGGCUUCUCCGGGGGCGAGCUGGGGCAGCUGUGCCAGCAGGCGGCGGCCGGGGCGGGCCUCCCGGGGCUGCAGCGCCCCCUCUCCUACAAGGACUUGGAGGCGGCGCUGGCCAAGGUGGGCCCCCGGGCCACCCCCAAGGACCUGGACUCGUAUGUGGAGUGGGACAAAAUGUACGGCUUCGGACACUGACGGCGCGAGGGGGAGGCGCGGGAGCCGCUACCCCUCCCUCCCCGGUCCUGGGAGGGAUGUCUGUAACCCACCUGGCUGGGAGGGUGCCGUGAUGAAUGUGGGGAGGGAGGAAAGGAGGCUGUUGGUGGAUUUUUUUUUCCGUGGGAAGGAAAAUGCUUCUGCUAGGCAGAUAGAUGCCAUAUGCGCUGUGUACUCAGGUUUUUUCUAUUUAUUGUGGACGGGAAGCUUGCCAUCUCCGCACCUCAGACGGGCAAGUCUGCCUGGGGGGCCUAAGGAACUCCUGCGCUCUCACCACAAUUCUUGUGUCUCCUCGCUAUCUGGAUGCCUCCCUCCUCCUCCCCCCACUCUCCCCUCUUUCUUUGCUUUCGCUUAGUUUUCUCUCUCUGCCUUAUUGUCACCACUCCUCCAGUCCCCCGAUCCUGGCCCAGUUUCUCGUUUGCUCCUCCCUCCCCUAUCUCCAUCUAUCACCCUCUGCUCUGUCUCCAUCCCUUGCUCUCUAGCUUCGGUGCCUCUUGGUCCUUCUCCCUGCCUUCUGUCCCUCUCAUUCAAAGACUGCAGUGUCCCUUUGCAGGAGAUCUGGAGGUCCCGCGGCGGCGGCGGAGGAGGGGAUAGGGAGUUCCCUCCCACCCCAUUACCCAGCUGAAACCUGGGUCUGGCGGGAGGGGAGGUGUCAAGCAAAAACCACCCAAAGAAGGGCUUGUUGUUGUUUGUUUUUGAGGGGGGAGUCCCAGGAAUGUAGCUUGUUUAAUAUUUAGGCCUCUUAUUUUUGUAAGAUGUGUAGAACUUGCUGUUUUUCUUUUUAUUUUGACAACUCAGGAAGAAACUGACCUCAGAAAGAAUGUUAGACGUUGGCUACUCUCCUGUGUGAUCCCGCCACCCACCCUGCCCCUCAGGGGAGCACAUUUUCCCGGAAGACUUGGAAAGUGAGACUUGUGGGGCAGGGCGGAGGAGGACCCAGGGCUACGCUUAGACCCCUGCUCUUCCUGGGACAGAGGGAAGCAGAAUGUAUUUGUAGGCUUCCUCCCAGUCCUAGGUUGUAGACAGGGGUGCUGGGGAGCGUGUUGUGGGAUUUGAGAGCAGGUGAGUCUGGCCCCCUUUCUGCUACUCCUCCAACUGGGUCCCACUCUCAGCUUAGUAUUUUCUGUGAAGGGUUAACCAGACUUGGGUUGUCCUCGCCUACUUCCUGCCCCAGACCCAGGGUAGCCUGAGAGGCCCCCAUGGGAAGGUGACAGAGGCAGAAAGUCCUCAGAGAGGUCAGUCCACCUGGCCACUGACCAGGCAGAGGUCUCCUAUAAUCCAGGCUAAGGGGAUUGCCUCUGGAGGGAAAGACAGUUUGGCCACAAGUCUGGUUGGGCACAAAACUGACUACAGACUCAACCUUCUCUGUCCGCUAGGAGGCUCUGAUGAGCAGUGAGCAUCCGACACAGGAGAGGUUCUGUGGGAAUAUUCCUUUCUCAUUCUCCUGGGGUCGACGUCUUGGCAGGCAGUGUGAGGGGGGCAGGCUGUUUUAUGCUAACAUUGGGGGUUUAUUCUCAGUCACACCCACACUUUCCACCAGAAGCCCAGGCUUGGGCUCUCUUCUGAGAACCGUAUUCCUCCUCUUCCUACCAACUUCCCUUGAUGGGACUUCAGCCGCUUGCCACCUCCCCCUCUGGAGCCCAUUUCACAACUCUGACCUUUGGUCCAAAGUUGGGGGGGGACAAGCCCUCACCCCUAACUUCUUUUCUCUCCCACCCCAGCCUCCCUCCCUGUACCUGCCUGCCCUUUCAGCUGCUACAGUCCCAGCUGGAAGGGUGUGCAGGGGGAGCAUUCGGGUGCCAAGGUGCUGAGGGCCGCCAGGAAAGCUGCUCUGUUCC